AUGUCUGAUACAAAGGCAGAGGAGCUUCGCCUUCCUAUGGCAGUGUUGAGUCGAGCAAUCAAGUCUUGUUUACCCACUGGUGCAGCUCUUUCUAAGGAUGCUCGAACACAAAUCAUGCGAGCUUGCGUUGUUUUCAUCCUGUAUCUUUUGUCUCAAGCAGAAGAACAUGCUACUUCCAAGAAGAGGAAGACUGUAAAUGUGGAGGAUGUGAUGGUCGGUUUAAGGAAUGCUGGUUUUGAAACGAUUCACGAAACAUUACAUGAAGCUUUUGAGUCUUACAAAGCAUCAAAAGCAAACAAGCCGAAGACAUUGCGCAAGCACGAGGCCUCCCGAGCCUUCCGAACAAGGUUCCAGUGCUUACGAUAUUGA